GGGGUUAGGAGAUGUUGAAGCGGGGAAUGUUUGGACUUUCAGACGGAGGAAUACAGACAAACCAUUCAGGGUGCUCGUUUCUAUUUUAUUAUUGACUUCCAGCCAGUUGGUAUGGAGUUAAAUCCCAGCAGGACAGAACAGGGGGGAGGGGUGGGAAAGUCUAGAAGUCCGCAGCGAGUUUUUUUUUUUUCCCCUCUUCCAAGUCGCUUCUGCCUAAAGGCUGCGAGUGAAUGGGCUGGAGCUACAACGCCUGUCAGUUAGAGCACGUUUCAUUCUGCCGCAGAUGAUCUCUCCCCAGCAGUUCCUUAAAUAGAUUUCAGCACAGCUGUGUGGAAGACCAGCCGCGGCAGCUAGCAAUUGCGGGGCGGAUAACAGCCAUCAGAUGGAAUUUAUACCAGACCGGUGUGCGUGAUCUUCGCUUGAAAGCGGUGGCUUUCCUUUUCUUCCCCCCUUUCUCCAGAAACAUUAAACGUGUACGACUCCGAGACAAAUGCCGAUUUCAUGAACGGCACGCAGGCGGUUUGUAUUUGUUGAAUGCGGAGCUCGGGGAACUGUCCCGGGUGCUGAAAACCUUGUCCGUCUUGUUUCUGCGGCGUCUUCGACUUCGGACUGAAUGAACUGUGCUGCGGGUUUGAAUUUAGAAUAAGGCAAGACGAACACUGAAAAUAUGAAUGCGGCCAGCGUCUAAGUAAAUACACCUGUCUCCGAGUAAAUGGAAUUUCACAUUGUCCUGACAGAAUGUAAAAAUUCCUUGAAGGAUGGAGAAAUAUUUCCCGUCGGCGGUGUUGCUUGUCCUUUGCUGUCUCGGUGCCUCCUGGGUUGAUGCCGACAGCCUGAUGGCCCCCGUCAAUGUCACAAUCAAAGCACUGAAGGCCAAUUCCGCAGUGGUGACAUGGGACAUUCCAGAGGGAGACAUUGUCAUCGGCUUCGCCAUCUCCCAGCAGAAGAAGGAUGUGCGAAUGCUGAGGUUCAUUCAGGAGGUGAACACCACCACCCACUCCUGUGCUCUCUGGGACCUAGAAGAGGACACGGAAUAUAUUGUGCACGUCCAGUCCAUCAGCGUGAGUGGACCCAGCCCAGCCAGUGACCCCGUCCUCUUCAGAACGCCAAAAGAAGCAGAAAAACUGGCCUCCAAGAGCAAAGAUGACGUGACAAUGAAGGAAGUGGGCAAGCAGAGCACGCAGCUGAGAGCUGGGGAGCUCAUCAUCAUUGUGGUCGUCUUGGUCAUGUGGGCCGGAGUAAUAGCCUUGUUCUGCCGGCAGUAUGACAUCAUCAAGGACAACGAGCCGAACAACAACAAGGACAAAACCAAGAACUCGUCUGAGUGCAGCACUCCAGAGCAUCCCACGGGGGGUCUGUUACGCAGCAAGGCACUUUCAGGAUCAAAACAUAAUCCCAGUACCACACACAUCAGGCAAAGUUCCCUAAGAACAACAAGCCAUCGGUUAACAUCAUUGAAGCGUGACUGCUUGCUUUUCUACAUGCAAAAGACUUUCUAAAGAAGCAACCAAGGAGAGAGGCCUGCGAAUCACUGGGAAGAGCCCAGUGCUGGGAGUAGGGCCCAGUCAAAUCGCACCACCAGACUGGAGGAUGCUGAGAGAUACUCACAUCAAAAGACACAACACCAGCUUUGUACAUGAGGUGCUGGACAAUCAUCUCUCUGGAGGAGUCUGGCCUAAUUACCCAUGGCUGCCUUAUAGCAGAGGCACAGCAACAGUCAAGAGAUAAGACAGAUUUAUCAGCCUUCAAAAUACAAACAAUAAACCACCCUGUGCUCAACACCUCUAAAAAUACCCCCUCAGCUUUCUGCUCUUAUCAUUAAACAAGCAGAGCUCUACAUUCUUGAGCUGGAAUGCAGAAUUAAGCUUUGAGCUCUUACUUAUGUGUUUAACUCAAUGUUCAAGGACAGCAACUGAACAUCAGUCUGCCAUCUGUUUUUUAUUCUAGUCAUUUUUGGAAGCUUGGUGGAUAGUUAAAAAGGACUUUACAUCUCUUGAGAAUCUGCUCUCAAAGUGCUAACUCAAACCUCCCUUAUCCCCCUCCUUUACAACACAUGACUCAUUUUUUAAGAGACGUUAUUGACCAUGGCUAUCAGUUUUUGAUUUGCUACUUUACAACAAAUAAUUUUCUGCUUCAUUUUUUUACAUUGCGAAAACAUUUUCCAAGACCAUGUGAGAAAAUGUAAUUUACAUCUCAUCUUUUAGUUUCUUCAGCAUCCGAAACAAAAAAUAAAAAAAUAAAAAAAUAUCUUCAGUACAUAAGAGAUUGUAAUGAUAAGCACAUAAUUGUACAAUACAAGCUCUGACAAUGAAACACUGAUAUUAUUUUUUCUUACCAUUAUCCAAGAUGCCUCAAGAUCUGUGACAGUGAGUGACCUCUAUAUGAAGAGUCACUUUGAUCUUACUUUCACUAAUUCACAGAUCUAGUGUUGAAACUUAAAAGGUGCCUUCUUUAUCGGGCAUCUCUUUAAAACGUAACCUUUUUUUUUCAAACAGUCUUGACACUGUCGUGAAUAAGUGUAUGCCCUAGAAAAUCUUUAGCUAAAGUAAGAUUUUGACCAGGAUAACAUUAACACAGAAGGACUUCCUCACACGUGUUCAAAUAGGUCUCCAGCUGCAUCUGGCAUCUCAUUUCACAUCAUUGUAAAAAGGCUGCACAAGUCUUCAGCAGACAGCAAUAAACCCUGCAGUAAGCACCGAACAGUGGGAGCCCCAGGCUUCUCGUUCCAAGCAGAGUGUGGAAGACCCACCCAUUCAAGUCAUCCACUGGACUGAUCGUGGUACCAAUUAACUGGACAGAACUCCUCGAUUUUUUCAAACGACCUUAAAUAUCAUUGCCUUUGGUCUGCCCUUGUGCCAGCAACACAUCUAUCCCCCCACAAACCUCUGAAACGUUCAUUUUGGGCAGGUGGGGGGGAUUUUUAAAUUUCGUUGUAGCACAGGUGAGAUUUCAAUUACUCCGCAGGUGGGAUGGAAUGGUCCUACCUAGAGAGAAGGGCUUCUGUUAAAGAACUUUGCAAAAACACUUUGGAAAUGUUUGCCAGCAGACGACGAGCCACAAGUUUUGCUGUUGGAAUGAAAUGUUUUACAUAUUCCUUUACCCUUGUAGUGAAAUACCAAGGACAACUGUGCUUGGACUGUUUUAAGCAUAGAGAAGGCAUUACACUGAAUGUAUCUGGAGGCAUUCCGAUAGACUACGUAUCUACGAUCUGGUAACUCUGCAAAUCUGACUAAAGGCAGCUUUCCACAGCUUUGUACAUUUCACAAAACCCCCUUUCCCCUCCACAUCUCAAUUACCGUUUCCAAGAAUGCAUAAGGUUAGGUGACUAUUUCAGAAGGAAGAUACAACAUGCGAAAAGGAUAUCGGGAACCUGCUUUGCAGCACGGGAUAGUCCGCUAGAGUUGCCUCUUUGAAAGAAACAGGAGGGCAAUAUACAGUUUCAGUAACUAGUUUAUGUAGUAGAACAAUCUUCACCUGACACAGGUUGUGACCAACAUCAACUCACACUUCGAAAUCUGCGAGGAAGCAGGUGUGGAGAAGCAACAGCUGCUAUUAUCGUUAUUUAAGAAGUCUCCAAGUUUCAUGGCCAAAUGAAAUAGCUUAAAGUUGCAUGAACACAGGUAGUCACACCACAGGAAGUUUUUUUUAACCUUCUACAGACUGGGCCUCAUUCAUUUCUGGAAUUCCUAAAGGUAUGUAACGACUUUGAGGAAAAGCUGGGUUUGAUUUACCUGCUCUUCAGUCAUUGCCAUUUUCUGCUAUGACGUCACAGAGUCAUUUAGUGUUUUCCCAAUGUAUACACUGUAACUAAAACUGACGUCAAGAUAAAGCAGUUGCACAAUUCAAGGCAAAAUACAGACUUGUAGCUAAAGAAUAAAUGCAUCCCCAUAUCCCUUGGAUAUCUAUGGGUCACACUUCAAAACUGUGACUGAUUCAAGAUCAGCACUCCACGGGUGAAAUAUUUGCCUAAGAAAAACAACCUUUUAAUUAUUCUUCUUAUUGCUGGCCUCAAAAUUGGCAUGAAGCCUGCACCCGAGUCUUGUCAGGACCUGGAAUCCACAUUUCUUAAAAUCUCAUCAGGCUGUCUUGAAAUAAAAAGAGAAAAGCCCCCUAAAACAACGAGAACUGCUCAUUAAGCCCAAGAUUUCAAGCCACUGGACCAGUAUUUUCCAAACCAUGGACAUGAAAGCUCCCCCAGUGCAAAUCACAGCUCAUUUCUUAACUUUCAACAGAGUGUUUAAAAAAUAGUAGAGAUGCCUCUUGUUGAGUGCUAUCAAAGAACCAAACGGCCUGCAUUAGAAAAUUACAAUUCCCACACCAUCAGCUCCAGAUGGUGGCUUAAUAUGGCUGCCUUUCUGCAGUUUGUAUCAAGGUCACAAUGGGUCCUGUUGCAAGCUGAUGCGUUCCGCAGCACUGCCGAUAAGCCUCUAACUCAUUGGAACAGUUUGGGGGACUUUUUUCUCUGCAGUGAAGAAGGUUUUUUUUUAUCUUUUAAUGACUGAUAAUUAACCUUGGCCACAGGGAAAAUGGCACACCGUGACAUGAAAAAUUGGCGACAUUAAUAUUCUCUGCUAGCAGCUAACAGAAGUAAGAACUGGGGGGGGAGGUGGGGAGUUGAACUACUGCAGCAAAGUUUUUCUGCUUUGCCACUCACAACAACAUUAAUAAACCAGAACUGAAUUUUCUAGCCGGAUCUCGCCGACGCCGAUCACAAAAAGAAGGAGACUGAAUGAACCUCUUUUGAUUAAUGCCCAACUCCCUUCUGGUGUCAGUUAUAACAAUUUGAAAGAGCUGUGCUGCUACUUUACCGGCCUAAUUUCUAGCCCUGAACAAAGAUCUGUUUACGAUGUGGGCUGCCGUAGUGCGUUACCUCAAAGCUCCUGUAGGAGGUGCUCAAGAGGGAGUGGGUCUGUAGCUGGAGAGGAGGGGGUUAUGGGGGUAGGGCGAGGAGCAGCACAAGGAGGGUAAAGGGAAAGGUCUGGGCGAAGGGUUUGGAGUGGGGUCACAGGGCUCUGACUGGACAAUCGGAAAUGAACGUAGGGAGUUCAAAAGAUGUGUCGACCGGACCAGCUCUUACCACAGCCCAACACAGCCUUAAGCUAUCAGGAACAAUCUGUGUGGAGCUUCCCCUUCUAAGAUACCCUUCACACUUUUGUUCUCCUGCUGUAGUUUAAAAUCCUCACUGCCACCAGUCCUAAACAGUAUUAGUCAUGAUAAAAAAAAUAAAAAGCUUCACUGACUGUUUUUCCCAGCGAUAGACCUCUAGUAAAACCAAAAGGAGAAGAUUUAUGAGGAGACUGCUUCACAGCUCACACCUCAAUAAGAAUUAGUACUUUAUGCACGUAAUUAAAGUCCUUCCGGACUGUUACUGCUCCAUCAUUUUUCAUGGUGCUGUGUCUAAUACUUGGAAAGGGACCAGCUCUCUAUAGACUCACAAACUGCAUAAAAAAAAACAAAAUAAGUGGCUUUAUAAUUCUCUGUUUCAAUACUUUUUGCUUAAACAAAAAGAUUAAGAUUAUCAAGAUAUGGUAUUUUUCUUUAAUUGGUAGCUUUAGUAGAACUAACAAGUUAUUAUCAGACAGGAUUGUGUACAGUAUAAAUUAGUACCUCUUAUUCAGCAUUGUUUUCUUUGCAUAUCAAUACAUAUUUAUUUUUUGAACGUGAACUGUUGCUUCAAACCCGAUCUACAAUCCUCCUUGACCUAUACUAAAACCAACUAGCAUUGCUCUUUUGUCUGUUCAUUAAACCUCCUGUGAAAAUGAACUGCCUGAACAGAAUGGGAACACUUAAGGAUGACUUCAAGCCUCUGUAAAACAGACCACACACUUCGAUCUUCGACCUCCUUAACAAUUUCAACAGGCUGCAAUCUGUGAAAUAAUGCAAUGUCAAGAAGUCACCAACAAGCUUUUUUAUUUGGAUUAUUUUAAUAACUUUUACAAAUUUUCACUGACCCAUUAGUUCCAUUAUACAUUAAUAAAGUCUUAUUGCUCCUGAACACUUUAAAUAAUGCAUCCUUUUUCAUAUAAUCUGAAUGUCAUUAAAAUUCCCUUUUAGUUUUUGAGAGAUAAAUAUUAAAGCAAAUUAAGGCAUAAGGAACAGUAUUAGUAAUACAUUUCAAUGUGUUCAUAUAUGUGGAGAUUAUAUUCAAUAUUUUAUGACCGAUGGUACAGUCCAAAAUCACAAGAAAACAUGCAUUGUACAAUUGUAUCUGGUAAAACUUUAGAUUAGGAAUUACAAAUUGUCACUUCAUUCUUCGCAGCAUGCAAUAAGACAGAAGAUAAUUAUAUUUAACUUGAGGUAAGUGACAUUUUCAACUGACUGAUUACAUUAUUAGCAGGCAAUACAGAAGAUUCUCAUGCAUGAACAUGUUGUAAACGUCUUUAUAACAUUUAAACGUAUCACUGCCAGCCCUUUAAACUAAAGAGUAACACAAAUCUAGGACGCAUUUAAGUCUUAAUGAACUUGAUCACUUUAAAGUAUAAGACAAAGAAAAAGGUUUGCAAUAAAGAGGUCACUUUUUUUUCCCGCUUUCUAUCAGAACUGGAAUGGCGGUUCAGUUUUAGACAGGUCAAAGUGUUUCACCUUCUAUAUUAAAACAGUCAUGAAACCCUGAAGCUCUGAAGAUCAGCUUUCACCUCUGACAUCCGUGAGAACAGUUUGAGUCCAACUUGGAAGACAGGUUUUUCAGCAGUAAAAACAAGUGAGGCUGAGUUCAAAGUCAAAUUCAAACGUUAACUCUGUUCCAUAGUUGAAGAUUUGCAAAGAAGCAUGAAUAAAGUGCAGGAAUGCUUUGUGUAAACUAUCAUGUUUAUAUUCAUGUAUGUAAUGUAUAAUACCAACUGCUUUACUAAGAGGGCUAGCAUGCUUGUACUAAUAUGCACAAAUGAGAUUACACACUUUCUAUUAAACUGUACAUAGAUCUAAUGAUGUAUUAAAUGUAAAUCUAAUAAAGGUACUGAAUAUUUUCAAAUCAAAUAGUUUCCUGUCAACUUGGAUCUGCUACACAUUUUCUGAUCUCGAAAAAAAGUUUUACAACUAUUGGCGAUUGCUCAUGUGCUUUCCUGCUUAUAUGAAUGACAGAUGCAAACAGCACUCUUUUGUCUUGAGUCUUAAUCCUUAGGAGGAUGCCAAAUUCUUUGGGGGAGCUGAACAGUGAAGAGGGCUGCAGGCCAUCAUUAAGAAGGACUUCCUUCAGUGCUGCACACAGGCUGUCUUCCAGCCUUGGGUCCUGUAAUAGCAUGCUAUCACACCAUCUCACACAGCUCUAGUUUUGGAAACCACUAACCCCACUGUUACUGUUUCAUAUUGCCAAAGAGGAAAAAACGUACUGAUUUUUAACUGAGAUCUAUUACAUCCAAAAUUCGAAUAAGUUAUGCAUCUAAUUUAAAGCCCAAAGCCAAGCUCUGUUGCCAGUAAUUGGACACAUCACACAACAGCACGGCUUUUAACAGGUAUGAUCGAAUAAACAGACUCUCUGUGGAACAGCUUCUGAAAUAAAAUCGUUGCUGUGCUGAAAAAAAGUGAUCUCAUCUUGUCCUUGCCCUGAGAGCGUGGCUAAACAGUCUCGCGGUUCCACCUUGUGGUACAAAUGCCUCCCCUGCAGAGGGGCUCAAACUUGAUGAACCUGUGCGCCCUAUAUGAACACAAUAACUGUCUGUACAAAUUACUUUUACACUUCAAAAAGUCAAUGGAGGUAAAAAUGAAGGGAAAAUCUUGAGAAACAUGAUGCUACAGAGCAAAACCCCGAGUCCAUCCUAUUUUUUAAGAAGCAUUGAAUAUCCACACUAUUGCAAAACACCUGCAAAACAUGGAGCUACCAAGACAUGCUCAGCACCUCUGCAGGUACCCCACGUCUUGUGAAAGACAGAUAUUUGUCCCUUACCUUGGCUAAAGGAACUGAGUACCAAAGCCAUUGUUUCAGGUAUUGGCAAAACGUGACUUCCUCUCCUCUCCUUCAGUAAUUCAAAAUAUAAAGGACUCGACAGCAGUGUGAAAGGGAAUAUAUUCCUUUUCCAUUUCUAACCUGAUGGAUCUCUGCUUUUAUCUGCUUUAAGUUUUGUUUCGAAAGCUGUUAAGCUUUGCUGUGAAAGUGAUACCCAAUCAAUACACAGUUUUUGGUUUAGUGUUUAGUACAAAUGCAGUGUCUGGGGAGCUAAUCUGGCCUAAGGACUGCCACAGCAAGAUUUCUGUAAAAGGAAUCAGACUGAAGCCAAUCCAAAGACAAGCUACAGUAACUAACUGGAUCUGGUCUAUCAGCCACAAUUCGGAGAGUCUGUUAGAGUAUUCCACCUCACACCUGAACCCAUUUACAAGCACACCACGCGCCAGCUUUAAGCCAAGUCCUGAUGUUUUACCCUCCUAUAUGCACUUUUCAAGAGAACACUGUCCAACCAAACCCAGUGUUGUGUUUUUGCCGAUGUUUUUCUUAACUGACCACACAGAUGAGCCCUUCAAGAUGAGGCUGGGGUUUCCAAAGCACAGUAUCCGUAAGAAAACACAAAAUAUUAACAC